AGCGUGUUGACCACGCCCAUCGAAGUCGCGUGAAGCUUCAAUAGCGUGAAAAGCUUUCCCUCUACCUUGGCGGUUCGAAUACCAUUCCAAAGAAGCCACAGGUCCAAACAACAAUGGCUUCCUCCUCCUCCUCCUCCUCUUCUUCUUCUUCUUCUUCAUUAUUAUGAAACAAAGGCCAGUUCCAUUGUAGCCCCAUAGCCCUCAAACAUCUACGUGAUGUGAGCAAUCUCUGAGGACAACAGUUAUGGCGGUAGAGUUUGUUCAUGGACCCAACUUUUGCUUCUCUUCAACACCUUCAAGAGAAGAGGGACAUUUUGAUGAACAAUUCUCAGGUCAAGAGGCAGAGGCUGAAUCAUGAUGGCACAGAUAGGAUUAAUAGUUUACCUGAUGGUGUUCUCAUCCACAUGCUCUCCUUUCUUCCAACUGCUGACGCUGUUCGCACGUGCAUACUAUCGAAAAGAUGGGAAUUCCUCUGGACUUAUCUCAGAAACAUUAACUUUGAUGAUAGGUUGUACUUAGGCGAAGUGAAUAUGUGGAACCCGCAACCAGGAUUAACUCGAUUCUUAGAUGGAAUAGGAGAUGAACUAGUUUCCCAAUUCAUGUUUGAUAUGAAAAAACUCCGUCUUUCAUUUCGAGUCUUCUUUGAUGCCAUUCGUGUCCAUAAUUGGCUGGUGUCUGCAAUCUUGCGCAAGGUUCUAGAGGUUGAUCUCUGCCUGUUUGUAGGAGAGCCUUUUAUUCUACCCCGAAUGGUUUUUGUUUCUACAUCCCUUACAGUUCUGAAAAUAGAAAUGAAUUCAGUCCUUCAACUCCCUCGAGACAUUUCUCUUCCAUGCCUCAAAACAUUGUGCCUAUCUCUUGUCACUUUUUCAGGCACAAAAUUAACUCAGAAACUGUUCUCUAGCUGUCCAGUACUGGAGGACCUAGCUUUAGUGGAUUGUGAAUGGCUUUUUAUAAGGAGUGUCACAAUUUCUAUUCCAACUCUAAAGACCCUGAAGAUGGAUGAACUACCAUGCUUUGGAUCAACAGAUAGCAUAAAUGAUUGUCAAAUCAAGAUAUAUGGUGAAAAUCUUGUAUCCCUCAAGUACAAUGGCAGUCUGUCAAAUGACAUUUUUCUGUAUAACAUAUCUUCUCUAGUUGUUGCAUAUAUCGACAUUCCGAAUCUGUAUAAAAUGGAUAGAGAAAUUGCUCGCCGUGGAGCUAAGUUACUUAGAGGUCUUGGGAAUGCCCAAUAUGUGAGAAUGUCGAAUGGAGCCAUUGAGUCUGUCUUCCUUGCAGAAAACUUCCUGGAUCAUCUUCCUAUAUUUCGAAAGUUGGUUCAUUUAAAGCUGAAUAUGGUGAUUGGAGCUUGUACAAUUGGAGCACUAAUGGACUUGUUCCAAAGAUCACCAAAUUUAGAAUCUAUUGUUUUUUCCAAGGGAAUUGACGAUGACCUGGACAUUCGUGACAAUGUUUGGAAGUUGAAAUAUGCACCAGAAUGUCUCUUUUCACACCUCAAGACAAUUGACCUCCACUGGUUCCGUGGGAUCAAAACAGAGAUAAAUUUACUCAAGCUUGUUCUGAAAUUUGCACCUGUAUUGGAGAGGAUAAAUAUCCACUGUUCUAAGAUUUUGUUACAAGAUAUGAACAAGCGAAAUGAGAUUUUCAAACAGUUGCUGAUGCUUGAGGAUGGUCCUAGAGUUUGUACCAUCGUAUUUUUAUGAGCAGCCUCUCCCAGAAAUCUUGUUUUUCUACAGAAAUCGUGUAUUUUGCUUAUAGCCCCUCCUUGGCUGUGGGUUCUAAGGAUCAAGUGCAAUAAAGUGAUGAUCAGCCAGCUCUUGUAUCUGCUGGUGCAAUUCAUGAAGUUUGUCAUUUUUGACUAAAGCUGAAGGUCUCGAAGAGGAUGCAGCUGAGAAUUUGCCUGGAUUAAAGCUUAUGACUGCUGUGAUUCAUUGUUGUAUAGAUCUGAAUGGUCAAAAUGGGAAAACUAUGGGUCUGUUUGUUUAGUGUUUUCAAGAACUGUUUUUUGUUCUUGAAAACAAAAAACACCAAAAACUCGUUUGGUUGAGAGAGUGAUUUUUGUUUUUGUUGUUUCCCGUGUUCUCAAAAUGACACUGUUUAGAGAACAACAAAAUCUUGUUUUCCCCGUUUUUUUACUGUUCACAGAACAAAAUUAAACAAAAAAAAAACAAUCUGUUUCCCGUGUUUUUUUUUCUUCCCGUUUUCAUCUCUUCUCCAGCACAGUGGCUCGCCUCUUCUUGUUUCUCAGUUUUGAUUCAAGGUUCGUGAAAUUUAAAUCCAAUCGCACAAUAGCAAAGAGACCCCUAAAACGGAUCCAGAAAACGCAGGGAUUUUUGGUUUUCCU